AGAAUGAAAAUACAGCACAGUAUAGACUGAAAAUCAAAGGAGAGUAAAAUGGCAGAAGUGAAGCUUUUUGGUGCUUGGGGAAGCCCAUUUAGCCGCAGGAUCGAGGUUGCUCUGAAGCUUAAGGGUGUUGAAUAUGAAUUCAUAGACGAAGACCUAUUCAACAAGAAGUCCCCUUUGCUGUUAAAGUACAACCCAGUUCACAAAAAAGUCCCCGUGUUAGUACACAAUGGCAAGCCUAUUUGUGAGUCUCUGGUGAUUCUUGAAUACAUUGAUGAAACCUGGGAAGAAGGCCCUUCUCUUUUGCCUAAAGAUCCUUAUGAGAGAGGCAUGGUGCGCUUCUGGUCUAAGUUCUUGGAUGAAAAGUGUAUGCCUGCAAUGCGGAGAGCUUUAUUGAGCAGAGGAGAGGAGCUAGAGAAGGCCACGGAAGAAUCGACCGAGCUUUUGAAAUUUCUCGAAGGCACACUUUCCGGCAAGAAAUUCUUUGGGGGUGACAAUAUUGGAAUGGUUGAUAUAGUUGCAAAUUUCAUAUCAUAUUGGUUUAUAAUUGGGCAAGAAUUGGCAGGAUUACAAGUGUUGACUAAAGAGAAAUUUCCGAAAUUAGGUGAAUGGAUGGAUGAGUACCUAAACUCUAACAUUAUAAAGGAAAAUCUGCCACAGAAAGAUAAGUUGACUGCAAUGUUCCAAGCUCGUAUUGAAGCUGCUGCUGCCGGUGGUGGUGGACCUGGUGGUGGUGGAGGAGGAGGAGGAGGAGAAGGAGGAGGAGGAGGAGUUGCACCAAAAUGAAAUCCAAGUAGCUAAUUACUUCAUGUUUUGAUAUGGAACUCGAAAUCAUGAAUGAAGGGAAAUAUGAAUGCCUUUUUAUCGAAGAAAUUAUGCGUGAUUUGAGUUCUUGUCCGUUAUUUUUUGUACCUUUCUAUCAAUGUUUAGCCUUUAUAUAUUGGUAUGAAAAGUUCAUAUACAUGAUUUUUGAUU